GCAGCACAGAACACAUUUGGCUCCACUGCGUCACCGGCAGCACAGAACACAUUUGGCUCCACUGCGUCACCGGCAGCACAGAACACAUUUGGCCCCUCGGCGGCACCGGCAGCAAAGAACACAUUUGGUUCUUCAGCGGUACAAACGGCACCGACCACGUUUGGUUCUUCAGCGGCACCUGCAGCACAGACCCCCUUUGGCUCCUCAGCGGGAGCACAGGCCACCUUUGGUUCUUCAGCGGCGGCGCCAAACUCUUUCAACUUCGGUGGAGGAGCAUCAUCCACCCCAGCCCCUAACACCGCCCCGCCCUCUUUCCCCUUUGGGUCGACUGCCGCCACGACAGCUGCCAGUUUUGGGACGCCUGCUAAACCAGCGUUUGGAAGCAGCUCCACUGGGUUUGCUUUCGGCGGCACCGCUGCCCCCUCGGCGGCCCCCUCGGCUGCUCCGAGCUUCGGUUCAGCCGCACAGACUCAGAGCUCCUCCUCCAACUUCUCUUUUGGAAAUGCGGCUCCUCAGCAGGCGGCCCCCGGUCCGGCUCAGCCUGCAUCCGGUGGAUUUAACUUCGGAGCUGCGAUGCCAUGCCCCCAGUUUGGAACACCAGCCCCCAGUAACCCUGCACCACAGAUGGGAGGCUUCAAUUUCGGGGCUGCUGCUGCUGACAAACCAGCUUUUGGUAAGAAAUAAA